CGCACCCAGGCGCGGCCCCGUGCCCGGGACCCCUGUGCCCCAUCUCAGGGCUGUACCCGGUCAGACCUGACUGCUGUGCUGCGUCUGUGUGAGGGAUCGGGCUGUGUCCCCCAUCCAUCCCGUGCCCACUCCCUCGCUGAGCCCGUCUUCUCAUCUCUCUCAAUUCCAGUGUCCCCUCCAUCAACCUGAGCGGCUGCAGUGCGGCGGGCGGCGCAGCACUGCGGGCUGAAGGAAGCGGGAGAGAACGAGGAGUGGACAGUGUGCUGGACAGACAGCUCGGUGUCUCUGGAGCGCCUCAUGGAAAUGAAGCGGUUCCAGAAAAUCAACCACUUCCCAGGCAUGAUUGAGCUCUGCCGUAAGGACCUGCUGGCUCGCAACCUGAACCGCAUGCUCCGGCUCUUCCCCGAGGAGUACAACAUCUUCCCCCGCACGUGGUGCCUGCCAGCCGACUAUGGAGAUUUCCAUGCCUACAGAUCCAUGAGGAAAACCAGAACAUUCAUCUGCAAGCCCGACAACAGCUGCCAGGGAAAAGGGAUCUUCAUAACCCACCACCCGGAGGAGAUCAAGCACGGGGAGCGCAUGAUCUGUCAGCAGUACAUCUCUGAGCCCUUCCUCAUUGAUGGCUUCAAGUUUGACAUGCGCAUCUAUGUGCUGGUCACAUCCUGUGACCCGCUGAGGGUUUUUCUCUACAAGGAGGGCCUGGCCCGGUUUGCCACCAUGAGGUACAUCGAUCGCAGCAGCAGAAACCUGGGUGACAUCUGCAUGCAUCUGACCAAUUAUGCAAUCAACAAGCACAAUGAGAACUUCGUCCAGGAUGACACAAUGGGCAGCAAGAGGAAGCUGUCCACCCUGAACACCUGGAUGGCAGAGCACAGCUACGACACAACAAAGCUCUGGGCAGAUAUUGAUGACAUUGUCAUAAAGACACUGAUUUCGGCUCACCCUGUGGUGAAGCACCACUACCAGAGCUGCUUCCCCAACCACGCUGCCGGCUGCGCCUGCUUCGAGAUCCUGGGCUUUGACAUUUUGCUGGACAGAAGGCUGAAGCCCUGGCUGCUGGAGGUGAACCACUCUCCCAGCUUCUGCACAGACUCUCAGCUAGACCGUGAGGUGAAGGAUGCCCUUCUGUGUGACACCUUCAACCUGAUCAAUGUGCACGCCUGUGACAGAAGGAAGGUGCUGGAGGAAGACAAGCGGCGGGUAAAGGAGCGGCUCCUUCAGGCCAACCAGACCCAGACUCUCCGUGAGUCCAGGCGCAGGGAGCAGGAGAGCAGCCAGGCUGCCUGGCUGGCACAGGCCGAGACCUACGAGAACGAGCACCUGGGCGGCUUCCGGCGCAUCUACCCAGCACCUGGCACAGAGAAAUACGAGCCCUUCUUCCACCAGGGCAGGUCCCUCUUCCAGGAAACGGCAGCCUCCAAGGCACGAGAGGAGCAUGCCAGGCAGCAGCUGGAGGAGAUUCGCCUGAAAAAUGAAAAGCUGGAAGCUGCCACCAGGAAGAAGAAAACAGAGAGGAUCCAGAAUAGAAGCACAGCUUCUACAACCCACCUCACUCACAGAAGCACCAAGACAUGGGAUAGAAAGGUGCAGCACGUGCAGUAUGACUCCAUGCAGCCCCAGGACAUUGUGGAACACGAGGAGAAGAGGAGAGUGAAUGCUCUGCUGCAGCGUGAGAAGCUGAUCCGAGACCUGGGCAUCACCAACCAGCUCUCUCGGCUGCUCCCCACAGCUGACAGCCAGGGAUCCUGCACCCUCCGGAGCCAGCUGCAGUUUCCAUGGGAUGCCCUUGGGAACCAGGACCCCCAUGACUUAAUGAUGGUCAUCUCAGUCCUGGGAGGCCCAGCCCAUGCCUCGGGACACUGGGUCAGAGCCGAAGCCCUGCAUGCCGCCCGCCCACGGGAGCCCCUCAUCCCGGCCCCCGGGGAAAGCCGAUUCACCCCUCAGGAUGUGCCCAGGGUGGAUCUUGGGGACCCCUCCUUGGCCUCUGGGCAGUGCAGCCCCUGUGUAACCCAAGGAGCGGCUGUCCUGGCCCAGAGCUGCCCUUUCUGCCCCCGUGCCCGUUCCCAGCUCUCUGCUCUGGCCGCAGGCGUCGCCAGGAUCCUGGCACACGAGGCUGGUGUGACGGACAUCGUGGUGCUGCAGGCCGCCCUCCUGCAUGACACAGUGGAGGACACAGACACCACGCUGUCCGAGAUCGAGGAGCGGUUCGGGGUGGAUGUGAGGCGCGUGGUGGAGGAGGUGACAGACGACAAGAUGCUGCCCAAGAUGGAGCGCAAGCGGCUGCAAGUGGAGCGGGCGCCCGGCUGCAGCCCCCGUGCCAAGCUGGUCCAGCUGGCAGACAAGCUGUACAACCUGCGGGACCUGAACCGCUGCACCCCCCAAGGGUGGUCGGCGGAGCGCGUGCAGGAGUACUUCCGGUGGGCGGCGCUCGUGGUGUCCGGGCUGCGCGGGACCAGCGCGCCCCUGGAGGGGGCGCUGCAGCGCCUGUUCGAGGAGCGCGGCGUGACCACGCGACUGCGGGGCGGCCAAUAA